AAAUAUGUUGCGAAAUUUUGCAUACGCAGAUGAUUUCUAUUAUCGUGUUUGUUCAUUAAAUAACUAGUAUUUGUUAUAUUUGCGAAGUAAUCGCUUUAUUUAUUACUAAAAUCGCUGAGUAAAACACAGAUUGUGCUUAGUGUGAUGAGUGGGCUAAGAAGCGACGCAUGUGUUCAAAACAUAUUACGUGCAUUUAGGUGUAUUAAUAGAUUUGUGCAUGACACGUGUGAAAUGAAGAGAUAAAAAUUUAUGGAAGUGUUUUCUACAAGUGUUUGUAGUGUUAAAAGUAUGAAAAUAAAGUGAUUUAUUAAAAUAAAAUAUUGUAGUGAAUUUUGUAUCUUAGGGAAAUGGCGAAAGUUUUAUCAAAUAAAGUGAAUAAGACCGUCACUUUUGAUUUAUGACGUUACUUUGACUGUUACUUGGGAUGAAGAAACUGACCCUCAACCGAGCAAAGGCGAUGGAGACGCAAUGAAGGUUUUAGAAGACGCCCUGACGCUGUGUAAAUUUGGAAAAUUCCAUUUGUUGCUGCUCGCUGCUACUCUAUGCUCCAUCUUUGCUGCCAUGCUGGUGACCACGACGUCAUCGUAUAUCCUUCCAGUGGCUGAAUGUGACCUGAAAAUGACCAUAAUGUUCAAGGGAUUGUUAAAUGCGAUACCGUUUUUAGGACAAAUAGGUGCCAGCCUCUUUACAGGGUUCCUAGUGGAUACGUUUGGUAGGAAAAUAUUUUUGAUAGGCGGAAACGUUGGGAUAUUUAUUGGCACUUUAAUAGAAGGGUCGAGCCAAACUUAUUGGAUGAUGUUGUUUAUAAAACUCAUUGAAGGUAUUUCAUUAAGUUUGAGUUUUAGCGCUAUAUCGUCAAUGCUCUCUGAGUUCACACCGUUUCAUGUAAGAGAUAGAGUACUGCUGGCUUACUCGGGUUUUGCCUCUACUUCUCUGAUCAUAGCAGCAUUGCUAGCAUGGGUAUCUCUACCCCUUCCUAUACAUGUGGUUGUAUGGGAGGGAUACUUUGAAUUGCACGCGUGGAACAUUUACCUCUACAUAUGUUCAAUAUGGAGUUUACUGGCGUUCAUUCUGUAUUACUAUUUACCGGAGAGCCCGAAGUUCCUCCUGUCGCAUGGCCAGGAGAAGGAAGCCUUGGAAGUACUCAAAACCAUAUACAGUAUGAAUACUGGGAACGAUCGAGAUUCAUUUCCUAUCCUAUCAUUCAACACGUCUGGAACUAUUAAGCCGACUGACGUCAUAAGCCUCAAGAAACAACUGGUUAACGCCCUGAUCGAAGUGAAAGAACUCUUUAGGAGACCCCUAAUUUAUAAACUUCUACUGUUUUCAUUCAUUACUUUUGCAGGACUUAUUGUAUUCACAUCUCUAAGACUAUGGUACCCGCAGAUAUCCACCAUAAUCGAGAACUACAGCAAAAGCAACGGAGAGUCAGCGCCAUUUUGUGUAAUGAUUACUGAUUAUAUGGAAGGACUGAAGGAAGUACAGUCUAGAGCAAUGAGGAAUAUGACUGAACCGGGCAUCUGUAUACCGAAACUGAGCGGCAGUGAAACAUACAUGAACGGAAUAAUAUUGGGGUGCAUCUCGCUGGUAUUCGUGGUGAUAAGCGCGUGCCUCGUCAACAGUGUGGGACAGAAAACACUAAUGUUUAUAAUCCUGAUACUGUGCUCUAUAUGUUCUGGCUCCUUGUAUUGGACCAAACAGUCCAUAGUGAUCGCUGUCCUCAUGUCAGCGACUUGUGGACUGUUGCAGACAGCGCUGAGUUUACAGCAAAACCUCUUUGUUAGAGUGUUUCCUACGACGUUACGAGCAUUGGCUGUUUCAAUAAUUAUAAUGGUCGGUCGGAUCGGAUCUCUGAGUGGAAAUAUCAUAUUCCCUAUAUUGCUGAGCAUGGGAUGUAUGGCUCCAUUCAUUGCUACGUCUCUUGUUGCGCUUGGCUUGGCGGGGCUUGUUUACUUUCUGCCGAAUGUAAACGAGGAGAACAAAGCGACUGGUGACCAGUGAACAUAAUAUUAGUACGAGUACGAAUUGAUUCUUACAAUAAAAUUCCUCCCAGUUUUAUAUGAAUACAUUACGUCAUAAGAGCCAUACGUCAUAGCUUAAUAAAACCACUUAGCAUUUAGGAUUCUUUGUGUAGACGUCUGUACAUACUCCCACUACAGUUCGUUUCAUGUAGAAUGGUGCGGGUGACAGUUUCACUCUUGGAAGUUUGCCGCGAUUCACGAUAAUAGACCGGAUAACUUCAUACUGACGACUGUUACCGUACCCAUGCUAUCUGAAUAACACUUUACAUCACUGUAGCGUCAUGCCAUUGAGGCAAAUCAGGUGCUGUUUGGCUCUAUUAAUCUAUGACCUAAAUAUUUAAUCAAACACAAAUUAUUAAUUUCAUAAAAUAUUUUUUACAUAGCAGUACCUGUAAAGUGUUUGGAAUCAUUCCAACUAGACGUAUAUAAUACAGAAUAAUUAAAAUAUAUAUAUAGUAUAAUUUUAAUGUAUCAACUAUAAAACUAUGGGAGGUUGUAUUUGUUAACAUAUUAUCAAAAUUAUUGUUACUGUGAUAAAGGACUUCAUCGAUUUAAUAGUAAAUAAGUAAAUUCAUUGAUCAAAUUCCAUAUAAGACGAAUUCAAACUUAUAAGACUCAUUGCAUCAUCAUCAUCAUCAUGUCAGCCGAUGGACGUCCACUGCAGGACAUAGGCCUUUUGUAGGGACUUCCAAACAUCACGAUACUGAGCCACCUGCAUCCAGCGAAUCCCUGCGACUCGCUUGAGACUCAUUUAAUAAGUAGUUAAAUUCGAUACCGGAUGGCUUGUUUAUGAUAAGACUGUUUAAUCAAUUUGGUUCACGCUUCAUACAACCCAUAAUUGAGAGCCCCGGUUUUAUUUAAGGGUUCAAAAAAAUACUCGGUCAUCUCCCUAGACGAGUUCAAAAUCAAUCAGACUAAAGCCGGAUUUAUACUUGCCUGACGUGUCGUGUCGUCACGACUCAGAACAGAAUCGGUAUCAUACAUUUUGUAUGGCAACGUUUACACUUAUGUGUUGUGACAUGUCGUGAUGGCUUCUGAUGUGCCGCAUACAAAAUGUAUAAUACCGAUUCUGUUCUGAUACGUCGCGACACGACACGUCAGAGAUAUGUAAAUCCGGCUUAAUUGACGUCAUGACGUGCAUUGAGCCAAUUUUUAAAACAAAGCUAGGUAUCUGAAUAACAUUAAAAUAGUUAGAUACCUACUACAGGUAUACUUCGCGCCACGAAAAAAGUCCCGUAGAUGCGGCGCUAAUGUUUUAAUGUCGCUCAUUGUCAUUGGGUAAUGGCGGUCUAUAAUAGUCAUUUGUGUAAAGCGCUGCCUCAAUUUUAGUUUUCUGGAUAUCUUUAAGCAGAAAGCGCAUCUUUCGUAUUUUUUUUUUCAAAAUUUUUGAUUCAGUAGUUUCGGAGAAAAAGGGGGGGGGGGGGGCGCUGUCAAUUUUAGUUCAGGUUUUAGCCGCGGGACUUUUCUUGUGGCACGGAGUCUAGUCUAUAAUUAGCGAUACAAACCCAAAAAUACUUUAUAUUUGACGGUAUUUACAUUUUUAUUAUGUUAAUGAAAUUCAGUACAAAAAGAAAAUUAUGUUUUGUAAAUAAAAAAAACUAUUCUAGAUUGAUAAGGGACAAAAAUAAUAAAAUCCUGGACUUUU